AUGGCCGCUUCCGACAGGGCCGUCGCUGUCUCUGGCGUCGAUGUUGGUGACGCGCGGAGGAGAACUGCUGUCCCCCAGACUGCCGUCGUCGAAAAGCCCGAGGCCGAUGACAAGAAGAAGACUGCCAAGAAGAGCCCCUCCAUCCUUGACAUCAUCGACGAGUGGGAAUGGAUCUACGCCCCCCUAAUCUUCACGGUUUUGGCCUUCUUCACCCGCUUCUACAAGAUUGGUCUCUCGCCCAUCGUGACAUGGGACGAAGCUCACUUUGGAAAAUUCGGCAGCCACUAUCUCAAGCGAGAAUUCUACUUCGAUUCAUCUCGGAUCUUGACUAACACACAACAGCCGCCUGCCGGAAAGCUUCUGGUUGGGUUGAGUGGAUACCUCGCCGGCUACAAUGGCUCGUUCGAGUUCAAGUCAGGCGAGAAGUACCCGGAGGAGCUCAACUACACAUUCAUGCGCCAGUUUAACGCCUUCUGGGGUGCGGCCUGCGUGCCGAUGGCCUACUGGACGGCAAAGACGCUGAAUCUCAAGCGCCCUGCCGUCUGGCUCGUCACCCUCAUGGUUCUUUGCGAAAACUCCUACACCACCAUCAGCCGCUUCAUCCUCCUCGACUCGAUGCUUUUGUUUGGCACUGUGCUUACCACGCUGUGCUGGGCAAAAUUCCACGCCCAGCGCCACAACGCCUUCGAGCCCGAAUGGUGCCUCUGGCUGCUCAUGACUGGCCUUAGCAUUGGGUUUGUGACGAGCAUCAAGCUGGUUGGGCUCUUCGUUACUGCUCUCGUCGGUAUCUACACUAUUGAGGAUUUAUGGUCAAAGUUUGGCAACACCAAAAUGCCGGUGACUGUCCUGGCUGCACACCUUACGGCUCGCGUCAUCGGGCUCAUUGUGUUGCCUUUCCUGGUCUACCUGCUCAGCUUUGCCAUCCAUUUCGCUGUCUUGACCAACAGCGGCCCAGGUGACGCCCAGAUGUCUUCGCUCUUCCAGGCCAACUUGAGAGGCACCGAAGUCGGUAGGGACAGCCCAUUGGAAAUCGCCUAUGGAUCGAGAGCGACAAUCAAGAACAUGGGAUAUGGCGGCGGUCUACUUCACAGUCACGUUCAAACCUACCCCGAAGGCUCGGGCCAGCAACAGGUGACAUGCUACCACCACAAAGAUGCCAACAACGACUGGUUUUUCUACCCGAACCGGAGGGAGCCCGACUUCAGCCCCGAGGAGGAGCCCCGUUUUAUUGCCGAUGGCACCACCAUCCGUCUGAUUCACGCCCAAACUGGCCGCAAUUUGCAUUCGCAUGAGAUCUCCGCUCCUGUUACCAAGGCCGACAAGGAAGUGUCUUGCUAUGGUAACCUGACUAUUGGUGAUGAGAAGGACCACUGGAAGAUCGAGGUCAUCAGUGACGCAGCCUCCAGGGACCGUAGCAAAAUCCGCACCCUCACCACCGGAUUCCGCCUGAAACACGAGACCUUGGGAUGCUAUCUGCGCGCCGGUAACACCAACUUGCCCCAGUGGGGCUUCAAGCAAAUCGAGGUUACUUGCACAAAGGAGAACAAGCCUCGUGACACCUACACCCACUGGAACAUCGAAGCGCACACGAACGAGAAGCUUCCUCCCGGAGACCCUGGUUCUUACCGCUCACCGUUCUGGAAGGAUUUUAUCCACCUGAACGUCGCCAUGAUGACCUCUAACAAUGCUCUUGUUCCGGAUCCUGACAAGCAGGAUGAUCUCGCAUCGCAGUGGUGGCAGUGGCCUAUCCUCCAUGUCGGCCUGAGGAUGUGCAGCUGGGACGACAAUAUCGUCAAGUACUUCCUCCUCGGCAACCCUCUUGUCUAUUGGGGCACAACGGCCGGGCUCGGCCUCUUCGCCUUCCUUGUUGUCUGGUAUACCCUUCGCUGGCAACGAGGUUAUAACGAGUUGUCCCAGUGGGACGUCGACCAGAUUCAUUACGCCGGGCUUUACCCCGUCAUUGGGUGGUUCCUCCACUACCUACCGUUUGUGGUCAUGGCCCGUGUCACGUAUGUCCACCACUACUACCCAGCUCUAUACUUCGCUAUCCUCGAGUUUGGAUUCCUCAUCGACUGGUUCCUUCGCAACCGGACGAAGGUUGUUCAGUACGCCAUCUACGGCGUCCUUGACGUGACCGUCAUUGGCCUCUAUGUCUACUUCAUGCCCAUAUGCUGGGGUAUGACGGGCCCCAACAAGCAGUACAGCUAUAUGAAGUGGUUUGACACGUGGAGGAUGUCCGACGCAUAA